AUGGACACACUCUUAAGAAAUUCAUCCUUGCUAACGUUGCGUUUCCCUCCCUUUUUUUUGCACGUACACAGAUAUUUCGUGUUUUCAAAGAAAUUUCUCGAUGACUACAAUUGGCAUCAUGUUUGCGUUACUUGGAACGGUGUAACUGGGGUGACUGUGGCAUACGUGGACGGGGUUAAAGAUAGCACUGGCAAAGGUGGUAAAGAUACUCCAGGUGGAAUAAUCAAAAAUUCAUUACCAGGUGGUGGAACCUUAACGGUGCUUAGCUACUACAGUCAGGUAGUUUACCUGAGUGGGGUUAACCUAUGGAAUAGAGUUCUAUCUGCACAGCAGAUCGCUGAGUCAUCAAAAAGCUGCGUUAAAAGCCAUGGAAAUGUGAAGCAAUGGUCUGAUUUUUGGCCUGGAUUUAAAACUGACAAAACUAAGUAUGAGUCGCCCUCCGAAUGUAAGUCUCCUCGGGCUAGCCCUGGGGAUGUGAUGGAAGGAAAUGGUGCCGAAGCAGUGUCUGGAGACCCGGCAGAGGACAGCAAAAAUUAUUACUGGAAACUGAAGAAGCUAGCAGCAAGGAAGUAUAGUAAAAAGGGUCACUGAAAUUGAGAAGCGUUUGGCUACCCUAGCGUUGAAUUGAGUUUAAUAUUCCUCUCUAUUUUCUCGGCCAAUAUGAAUGUUAGCUUAGUGCAGGUCAUUAGUUGAUUUAAAAAUAAACAGUGCUACGACGAGAACAGGUGUUACAAGAAUUCGGGCGUUAAACUUGAGCUAGUGAUCCACGUAGAAAUUGUUACGAGAGAA